AUGCUCCUCACGCCCCGCCUCGGCGAGCACGGCAACUCGGCGUCUGAGGAGGCGUGGUCGAAUGCUCUCCGCCGCUGGCCCGCGCUCCAGCCCUGCGAGGCGCUCCGCGCCACGGGCAGCCACGAGGCGGCUCUGAGCGCGCUCCUAAAGCUGGCGGAGGCGGACGAGCCUUCCCCGGUCGCCGGCUCGCCGGCGUCCGCACCGGCGCUUCCUCGUGGCGCGGUGCCGCCGGCGCUGUCCGCUUACCUGAGCAUGCUCGGCGGCGAGCACGCGGCGCUGCUGCAGCAGUACGUGCGCUGGCUGGUGCAGCACUCGCACCCCGACGCGGUGCUCCCCAGCCUGACCGCGGCGCGGCCGGCAUCCGCCGCGCCGCUCACGCCGGCGUACGCCUCGCGGCUGAAGGAAGCGGCCGCGGCGGGCGGCGAGCAGGGCGCGCUCGAGCGCCGGCUGAACGAGCUCCUCUCCGGCGCCGUCCUCUCGCGUGCGCAGGCGGAGCAGCUGCUGCCCGCUGCUCGCGCCGGCGUCAUGGCGCGGAAGGGUUUGGCGGAGCAGCUGCUGCCCGCUGCUCGCGCCGGCGUCAUGGCGCGGAAGGGUUUGGCGGAGCAGCUGCUGCCCGCUGCUCGCGCCGGCGUCAUGGCGCGGAAGGGUUUGGCGCGCGUGUCGCUGCUCUCUCGGCUGGAGAGGCAGGGCGAGGCGCUCGCUCUGCUGGUGCGCGAGGGCGGUGACCCGGAGGCGGCUCGACGGUACUGCGAUGCGCAGCCGGAGGGACAGCGGGCGGAGCUGCGGCUCUGCUUGCUCGACCUCUACCUCGGCGGCGAGCCCCGGCGGGUGGAGGCGGCGGUGGCGCUGUUGCGGGACUAUGGGGCGGCGGUGGCGCCGGAGGCGGUGCUGGCACGGAUGCCUCCCGACGCACCGAUCUCGCAGCUGGCGCCCGUGGCGGAGGCGCUCCUCGGCCGCUCCUCGCAACGGCGCCGCGAGGCGCAGAUGCUCCGCGCGAUGGAGAAGGCGCGUUCCGUCCAGCUGCACGCGACCAUGCUCUCUCGGCGGGCUGGCCGCACCGUCAUCACUCCGGAGACGCUCUGUUCCGUUUGCUCCAGCCGGAUCGGGACCGCCGAUUUUGCCGCAGCGCCAGGGGGAGAGGUGUGGCACGUUGCGUGCGCGGGCCACGCCGCGGCGGACAUUCGGCGAGCGUGA